CUCUGAGAGCAACACAUUGCCUUCAGACAUGCUUACCCAGAACACCAGAGCUGAAUAUUCAAAUACUUCCUUUUACGAUUGAAACAGAAAGGAAACUUGCUUUAUAUGAUAUUUUAAGAACAUUGAAAGAUUCUCCACUCAGAAAAUUGCGUUAGAAAAUGAUUUUUGGCUUCAUAAAUAAAUUAUCGAUAACGAACUUAAAUCCUUUCUCCAAGGCUAGCCGAUCCGCAAGACUUCUUUUAACUUUAGCAAAUAAAGAGAAUGCGAGGUCAACUUACGGGAUGUUCUUGACGAGCAAUCUUGCCCCUAAAACUUCUACUGUCAACCCAACUGUAGAGGUUUUAUAUAAGGAUGGUAAAAAACUGACAAUUGAUUCCUCAAAGGUUAAUGUUGACAGACUCACCGACAUGAUCGACAGUUAUAGUAGAACACUGAAAUUUAAGGACAUGAUUCAAAAGUGAAUUACUCUUGAUUUUCAAUUCCAUUUUGAAUUGUUUUCAAGUUACAGCAAAGAAAGCAUGAGACGAUUGCAAACAAAUGUCUAAUUAGAUGAUAAAUAUAUACACAUUAUAUACAAAAUUACCCCAGGAGAUUAUCUAACAGUUGUUUCUUUGUUAUACCGUCUUUCGUCGUCUAACGUGUCGGCUGCUUGUGUAUAAUAUAAACGAGCCAACUCAUGACCGAUAUUUUUUAUGCUAUAAUAAUUUCCUGAAAAGUUAGCAUCAGCUUGGAAAAGGUAGAAAAAUCACUUACCUCUAGGAACAAUAAAUACUCCUUCCCUUCUCAUUCUGAACGUUGUCGUAUUAACCAUAAUUUCUAAGUACCCUUGUAAAAUACAAAAGGACAUAAGGUUAUGUUUGGAUGGUUUCACGGGUUUUUCUGCGCCUGCAGGAAGUUCCAGGAUACCUGCCCCAAAAAAGUUCGGAUCGCUGAAUAAACUCGCAAACUUUGUUUGUUGGUUUCGAAUUUGAUAUAGUUUAACCGACGGCAAGGCAUACCCAAUUGUCCUUGUUUCUGAAACUUUCUGGUUUUUCUGGUUCCAAGACAAUACUGGACAAUUCACUUCUUCAUUGAAUGGACUUAAGUCGUUGACAUCCUCUUCGACUGGCACAUUUGUAGCGGGUGGCUCUUCUGUAUCUUGUUUGCGCCUUUCUGAACGAAUCUUUUUUCUUCUCCUGCGUUGCGAGGCAGGAUCGUCAAUGCGAAUUACUGUCUUUACUUCCGGCAAAGCUGGGGUUUCUGUUUUAUUUUUGUUAAGCUCAUAAACAACGCGUUCGUUUUUCCAAAAGGCUAAUGGAGCUAUCCUGGUACGAUUUGACCUUCGUAAUCCAUGAGAUUCAUCAAUCUGAUGAAUAUUUCCCUGGUUAUCAUUUAGAGGCUCCUCAUCGGAUAUGCCCUGUGAAUCUUCCUGAACGUUUACUUUUUCAGGUUUAGGAGAAAGCUCUUUCUUUUUUGGCCGUCCUCUUCGUCGUUUUUUAUCUUCUUGUACUUCCUUUUCGACUUUUUCCUCAAUCUUUGGUCUAUCAAUUUCCUUGUUGGCUUCACUUUUCUGUUUUCGUGGUCGUCCUCGCCUUUUAACUACUUUUUCUGUGCCAUCUUCUUCAGGUUGUACGUUCUCUUGAUCAAUUUUUGGAACUUUUUCUGAAGUUCGGGGUAUUUGCGAGAGUGGAAUAUCUGAAGAAUCCGAUUCUGUAUGAGGGGAAGAAAGAGGGGUUGGUUCUUUUAUUAUAUCAUCUAUUUUCUGAGUCUGCGAAGCCAGUGCUUGGGGUUUCGGAGGUGAAGUCGCUGGGAACGCUUUGUGUGUAGGACGAAUGCGGAUUUCAUCUACUUCAGAACCUUUCUUUGGAGAGUUCCAGGCUUUUGAUUUUCGAAGUUCUUGUACUUGCUUGCUAACAGGUAGUUUUUCUUUAAAGGAAAACUCUGAUGAGGGUGGAUUGCUAUUCGAAGGAGCUGAUCGGUUUGGAAACUCUGAACUUCUUCGAGGCUCAAAGUUGUUUUUAUCGGGUGAUUGCUUCAUCCUCGAAAAGUCCACUAUUUUAUUUUGUUUCUUUUGGUAGGAUAGGUCGGUAUGGUUAGGACUAUAUUUAAGAUCAUUAGGUUCAUCAAAUAAAUGAGAAGAACGAGAAAGUGAUUUUGAAGCUAUAUACUAGUUAGAAAAUAGGUUUUUGAGAUGUUUGCCUGGUCUCAGAAGCAUUGAACUGAACCAAAGGCGAAAGCAAAAACUUACCCAUUAAUGGCCCAGAAAAUUCACGACUAGCUCGUAAGGCUUUAGAGUUCAUUAGUAAAGGGGAAGACGGAGGAUCAUUGUCUCGUUCUUGAAAUGAAUUAGAAAGAGAAUAAGCAGGUGAAACGUGAUUUUGUUCAUUAACAGCAGGAGAAACAAGCGGUACAGCUUUUUCUGGUGCGAUUUCUUGAUUAGAUGGCUCUUCUUGGUCAUCUUCUAAAUGAAUUGAGCCAUCUGACAAGAAAUACGCGUCCAUAUCGUCAAAACCAUCUGCCCCUUUUUUGACAUCUUGAGGAACAGUGAAUCCAGUUUUUCUAUCCUUGGUUAAUAAACAUUUCCAGUCCUACAAAUAUUAAAUAAAUAAUCUCUCAAAUCAUUGAUAUAUGUGAGAAAUUUAGCAGCAAUUAGAAUACCUGCCCACAACGCCAAUUUCAAAAAAUUGGUUUUCUCUGUGUUUUACCGGGACACUGGACCCUUCAUUCAUUGUAAUUUUAUAAAC